AUGAUCCAGCACCAGAUAUGUAUCAACAGAACCCUCAGCCACAACCAGCUGCAGGCCACGCUGAUUUGGCUGCCUGGCAACCAAUCGUGUAUAUCCAGAGGACAUGGAGACAAUGAAAUUAAAAAUAUUGUUGAGGAUCUGCCUGACCCCAGCAAAGAUGCGGUAAAGUUUGCAGCAGAAAUAAGGGUUCUGGCAGAACAGUACCAGUCAUCUGCAGCUGAGAUAGCCCUUAUCUGUAAGAAGAAACUGCGGCUUAGGUGGGCUGAUGUAGAAGGGGACAUUGAUUCCAACCAGCUCUGGGCUGAGAAUGGCCUAUAUCAGGACCAACUGGUGGCCAUGUUGGGAAGAAUAGGAGCACUGUACCCUACCAAGACUGACUGGACGACCAUCAGAGAAUGCACCAUGAAGAAGGAUGAGAGCCUGGAAGCGAAUCGAAGGAGACUGGAAACCUGUUUCAGGCUGCACAGCGGCAUCAGAACAAAUGAACUGGCGUAUGGAGAUCUGUUGAAGGACACCCUGGUGAGGGGCCUGACACCAGACCUGGAGAAAGCGGUGAGAACCACCUGUAUCAGUUGGGAAACUGAACACCUGGCCACUGUGGUACAACAUUGCAAACAUGCUGAGCGACAACAAUGUGCUCAGAAGGAAGAAAAUAAUAAUAAUAAUAAUAAUAAUAUGCCAUUUAGCAGAUGCUUUUAUCCAAAGCGACUUACAGUCAUGUGUGCAUAUAUUUUUACGUAUGGGUGGUUCCGGGGAUCGAACCCACUACCCUGGCGUUACAAGCGCCAUGCUCUACCAAUUGAGCUACAGAGGACCAAAAUAAAAAAUAUGAAAAAGUGAAGACUCAGAAGUUGCAAGUUUCCCAGUUGACAUUCUACCAGGGGCAGGUGCCUGCUGCAGUGGGAGGUGGUGCAAGUGGAGGAAAACCCAAACCUGGAAGCUGUUCACCUGUCACAAGCCAGGCCAUUUCCCUGCACAAUGCAAUCAAGAGGCAGGGGCGGACCAAGAGGCAGAGGAGCCCCAAGGGGGGCCCCUCGAGGAAGAGGUCCACCAGGAGGACACUGUGGUAUCCCUCUGCUCAACAGCCAUGGCAACCGCCACCCAACCAAUGGCCAGGGCCACCCCCACAGGGGGUCCCUCCGCCACAGUGGAGACCACAAGGGGGCCCUCAAGGCAGAGGCCAAUCUGUGCAAUGGCAUUCUUCGAGGUAGAAUUGUCAGACCAACCAGAGCAGUUGUUCUUAAAGAGCCACACCCUUCCUCGAACUGAGCCAACAGUGGAGGCUUGCGUCCACCAUUGGUUGGUCUGACAAUUCUACCUCAUCUGUCCCUGUCUCUUCAUCAUGUCAAUAUUCUUCCUCCUGUUCUUGUCCUUGUACAGGGUUGUCUGUGCAGGUGAGCCCGUCUGUAAUCAAUAAUAUUUAUUGUUGAUACUGGGGCUGCAAUGUCUGUGAUUAACUGUAAGGCUAUGAAGAAACCUCCCAUGUCUAGUGAAACAGUCAAGACUGUUGGGGCCUCAGGCCUCCCUUUCAAGGAGCAUGUAACCAUGCCCCUGCCUGUCUCCUUUUGUGAGGAGAAAUAUCAGCAUCAAUUUCUCUACUCUGACCACUGCCCAGUCAACCUGAUGGGAAUUUUCAUGUCUGAAGCAGGCUUACAUUGCACGUCCCGUUUCUCACCAUUGACAAGAGACCUGAGAACAAAUGGCUGUUUGACAGUGUAG